AUGCCAGGCUCUGCCAUUCUAGGCCUCAGCCUUGCGGCUCUCCUGGGCCUUGCGAUGGGGGCCCCAUUGUGCCUGUCGCGGCAACUCAGGAUGCAAGGGGACUACGUGCUGGGCGGGCUCUUCCCCCUGGGCUCGACUGUGGCGGCUGACCUCCAGCACAGGACACGGCCCAACAGCAUCGUGUGCACCAGGUUCGAGUCCCUUGGCCUGCUGUGGGCACUGGCUGUGAAGAUGGCCGUGGAGGAGAUCAACAAUGCGUCGGCCCUGCUGCCUGGGCUGCGCCUGGGACAUGACUUCUUUGACACGUGCUCGGAGCCCGUGGUCGCCAUGAAGCCCAGCCUCGUGUUCCUGGCCAAGGAGCGCAGCCGCAACAUCGCCGCCUACUGCGACUACACACGCUACCAGCCCCGCGUGCUGGCCGUCAUAGGGCCCCACUCCUCGGAGCUGGCCCUCGUCACUGGCAAGUUGUUCAGCUUCUUCCUCAUGCCCCAGGUCAGCUACGGUGCCAGCAUGGACCGGCUGAGCUCGCGGGAGACCUUCCCCUCCUUCUUCCGCACAGUGGCCAGUGACCGUGUGCAGCUGACGGCCACCGUGGAGCUACUGCAGCAGUUCGGCUGGAACUGGGUGGCUGCGCUGGGCAGCGACGACGAGUACGGCCGGGAAGGCCUGGGCAUCUUCUCAAGCCUGGCCAACGCGCAGGGCAUCUGCAUCGCCCACGAGGGCCUGGUGCCAGUGCCCCGCUUCGAUGGCUCACGGCUGGGCAGGGUGCAGGACCUGCUGCACCAGGUGAACCAGAGCAACGUGCAGGUGGUGGUGCUGUUUGCCUCCGUCCAUGCUGCCCACGCCCUCUUCAGCUACUGCAUCGACUACAAUCUCUCACCCAAAGUCUGGGUGGCCAGUGAGACCUGGCUGACUUCUGACAUGGUCAUGGCGCUGCCUGGCAUGGCCCAGGUGGGCACCGUGCUUGGCUUCCUGCAGCGGGGCACCCCACUGCCCGAGUUCUCCCACUAUGUGGAGACCCACCUGGCCCGGGCCGCAGACCCGGCCUUCUGCGCCUCACUAGAGGCUGAGCAGCCUGGCCUGGAGGAUGACGUGGUGGGGCCACGCUGCCCGCAGUGUGACGACAUCACGCUGCAGAACCUGUCGGCCGGGCUGAUGCAUCACCAGACCUUCCCUGCCUACGCAGCGGUGUACAGCGUGGCCCAGGCCCUGCACAACACACUGCAGUGUAACGCCUCGGGCUGCCCCAGGAGAAAGCCUGUGCAGCCCUGGCAGCUCCUGGGCAAUAUGUACAACCUGAGCUUCCGCGUGCGCGGCGUGUUGCUGCGGUUUGAUGCUAGUGGGAACAUGGACAGGGAGUACGACCUGAAGCUGUGGGUGUGGCGGGACUCACAGCCUGAUCUCCGUACUGUGGGCACCUUCAACGGCAGCCUUCAGCUGUGGCGCUCACGAAUGUGGUGGCACACGCCCCACAACGAGGAGCCGGUGUCCCAGUGCUCGCAGCAGUGCAGCGAGGGCCAGGUGCGCCGCGUGAAGGGCUUCCACUCCUGCUGCUACGACUGCGUGGACUGCAGGUCAGGCAGCUACCGGCACAGCCCAGACGACCUCAUCUGCACCCCGUGUGAGCAGGACCAGUGGUCUCCAGAGCGGAGCACACGCUGCCUCCCCCGCAAGCCCAGGUUCCUGGCGUGGGGGGAGCCGGUGGUGCUGGUGCUGCUAGUGCUGCUGGGUCUGGCGCUGGGCCUGGCGCUGGCCGCCCUGGGGCUCUUCGCUCACUACCAGGACAGCCCGCUGGUUCGGGCCUCGGGCGGGCCGCUGGCCUGCUUCGGCCUGGGCUGCCUGGGCUUCGUCUGCCUCAGCGCCCUCCUGUUUCCCGGCCGGCCCAGCCCUGCCAGCUGCCUGGUCCAGCAGCCCCUGUGCCACGUCCCGCUCACAGGCUGCCUGAGCACACUCUUCCUGCAGGCGGCCGAGAUCUUUGUGGAGUCAGAGCUGCCACCCAGCUGGGCAGACUGGCUGUGCGGCUGCCUGCGGGGGCCCUGGGCCUGGUUGGUGGUGCUACUGGCCAUCUCGGUGGAGGCCGCACUGUGCACCUGGUUCCUCAUGGCCUUCCCGCCAGAGGUGGUGACGGACUGGCAGGUCCUGCCCACGGAGGGGCUGGUCCACUGCCACGUGCGCUCCUGGCUCAGUUUCAGCCUUGUGCACGCCACCAAUGCCACACUGGCCUUCCUGUGCUUCCUGGGUACCUUCCUGGUGCAGAGCCAACCUGGCCGCUACAGCUGCGCCCGCAGCCUCACGUUUGCCAUGCUGGCCUACUUCAUCACCUGGGUGUCCUUCGUGCCACUCCUGGCCAACGUGCCAGUGACCUACCAGCCUGUGGUGCACAUGGGUGCCAUCGUCCUCUGUGCCCUGGGCAUCCUGACCACCUUCCACCUGCCCAAGUGUUAUAUGCUGCUGUGGCAGCCAGAGCUCAACACUCCCGAGUUCUUCCUGGGAAGGGGUCCCGGGGAUGCCAGAGGCAGGGGCAGCAGUGGGGAUGGGGAGGAGAGUCAGGGAAAAAACAAGUGA